CCUGAAGAAGUAUAUCCCCUCAGGAUCCAAAAAUCUUCAAAAAACCUUCGCCGUCGUCUCAUUUUCUCCGGCGGCAGGCACUCCCUGAUCACAAUUCCUUCUCAGGAUCGGAAUUCUCUGGGUUUAGUGCAGUGUAAUCAGCGAUGGGGAAGGGAGGUGGCUGCGUUCCGAGCAAGAAGAAGAACAUAGUCCUUGACGGUGCUUCCAACCGUGGCAGCGCCACCGACGCGCCGAUCGCUAUCGAAGAUCAAGUGACCUCCGAGACUCCCGCAACGGAGAAUUUCACAGUUGCUAAUUUGAAAUUAUUCAUUGUGUUUUACUCAAUGUACGGUCACGUUGAGAAAUUGGCAAAGAGGAUGAAGAAGGGAGUGGAUGGUGUGAAGGGGGUUGAGGCGGAGCUGUACCGGGUGCCGGAGACGCUGUCGGCGGAGGUGCUUGAGCAAAUGAAGGCGCCGCCAAAGGACGAGGAGAUUCCGGAGAUUGCGGCAGCGGAAUUGGCGAAGGCGGAUGGGGUUUUGUUUGGGUUCCCGACUAGGUAUGGGUGCAUGGCGGCGCAGAUGAAGACAUUUUUCGACUCCACGGGGCAGCUGUGGAAAGAGCAGACGCUCGCUGGGAAACCGGCCGGAUUCUUUGUUAGUACCGGUACUCAAGGAGGCGGCCAAGAAACAACAGCGUAAGCCACAAUUUUUAUUUGAAAUUAUCUCUAUCUGUACCUUAUUUGUUAUUAUGAAUAGUUAAAUUCAUUUCAUACUUAGAAUGAGAAAGAAAAACCCAGUAGAAAAUCAUGAGUAGGAAAUUGUUUUUAGACUUUUUCUUGAUGAUUUUGAGUUAUUAAUUUAUGGAGCAAUUGUAUCAAGUUUUCCCACUUUGUUCUUCAAUAAGAAAUUGCUGAAUUGAGAAUCAUAAGAUUCUAGUAGUUGUAAAAUGAUUGUGAGUAUUAUUCAAUCGUGUAUCAGUUGAAAUUGGUGAAUGAUGAGACAGGGGAAAACAGUAUAUGAAUGUAGAUGUUACUUAGCAUAGAAUGGAUUUUAAAUUAGUAUCCUUUUUUCGGCAUUAAACUAGUUAAGAAACCCUCAGAUGGUUAGCAGUUACUAUGGAUGUUUUGUGGGAUCAAUGUUGUUUACAUUUUGGUUAGCUUGUCAUGUUAUACUCCCUCUCAAAACUACAGGAUACAUCAAGCAAAUCUGAAAUUGUUUGUUUCUGACAUACUGUUGCUGUGGCCUAAUGCAGAUUUUAUUGGUUUGUGUUGCAAGACUGUUUGUUUUUUUGCAGACAUAGUGGGAAAAGAUUUUAUUUUUUCUUGUGAUCUGCAUAUUUUCCUUUGAAUAACCUUUCUACCAAUGGCAGGCAAUCUGCUUUAUUCUUGAGCCUUUUGAACUACCAACCCUAUAGUGCUAAAGUAGAAUAUCUUUUUUUUUAAUAAUGGCAAUCUUCUUUA